UAACCUUAUACUCUAAACCCUAAACCCGAAACCUUAACCUUAACCUUAAACCCUAAGCCCUAACCAUAAAGCUUCAACCUUAAACCAAAUCUAAACCUUACACUUUGAACCUUAACCAUAACCCUAACCUCGCCGAGGUCGGGGAACCGAAAGCACCAACUGUAGAUCAAGAGGUAGACUCAGCAUCUCGUUCACCACCAGCCUCAGUCAAGCUGAUGUGCUUGCCUAAGGCUAGCCUUAACCCUGAACUUUAAACCCUAAACAAGAACUUUAAUUUCUAACCUUCAAAAAUGUUUUCCUUUAUAAUCAGUGCCGGGGGUUAUUAUGUUGUUAUGAAUCUAUGAUUAUGGGGCCCUGUCCUGUUGAAUAUUUAGAGUGUUGAUGGUUGCGCGAUCGUGACCAUGAAGGAGCGCCCGCGCAAGUUAAGCGCGGCCGCGCAGAGAGCGCGCCUAAAUCGCGUACCUCUCUGGAAUUUAGAUCUUUGGAAGAGUAAGGUUGGCGCGCCCGCGCUGCUGGUCGCGCCUAAACCGCGCCCCCUUCUGCCUUCCUGUGGAAAUUUCGUAUAUCUGAUAAGGAGCGCCCACGCCACCCUGUUUUACGGUUUUCCUGACGGUUGAGUCUUUAUUAAAGGCUUGAUUUCGUAAAAGCUUUUACACUGAAGAAAUUAAUCUGUAUCUCUCCAAAGUAAUUCUCCACAAUUUUCUCUCAAACUUCUUGCAAACUUUUGUGAGAAAUCUCUUCCAAUUAAUCCAAUUUUGUGAAUUAGUCAUCUUCAAUUCGUUUCUUAUUGCAAAGAACAAUUGGCUGUCUUUUGUAUCUCAAAGAGUAUUUCCGGAUUGAACCCAAGCACCGUUGUGGGGGAAAUUAAACUCUUUAGGAAAGUGUUCGCACGCCUAAGACAGUGUAUCAAGGAUCAAGACUCAAGUGGUCAUUGUAUUUCUCAUGUUCAUGUUCGUUUUCAAAGGCUUGGAGUUGAGGCAAGUGUAAUAUCUUUCACAUUAGUGUUUUCUUUUGUAAUUUCAGAAUUACAUUGUAUAUUUGGUGUUUGGAUUGUAAUACUUUGGUUAGUAUUUGGAUUGUUGUAUAAUUUGAUAUUAAUUAUACACUGUUUAGGUUUUGUUCCCACAAUAUUAAGUAAUUCUUAUUGUCUUGAAUUACUGAAAACCUAACAUGUCCAACUUUUCAAAAUGAGUCCCUGUAUUCAAUGUGUAAAUUAAAUACUCGAUGAUUAUUAAACAAAACUACUCGUAUGGUACAUCAUUUAAUGUUUUUUUUUUUUAUUUAAUAUGAUAUUGAAGAAUUAGAUUUUGGGCCGACCACCCCUGACAGUGGGAGAUAAAGAGUUCGUUCAGUUUUGAUUUCCAAUAAAAUGGUCUCAGCUUGUACAAAUUAAACAAGACUAUAUUGACAUUAAACACAAAGACUUUAACCAAGACUCCAAUUGAGUUUUCUAUUAUCUUAAAAAAAAAACUAAUUAACCUAUAUCUAUAAUUUGGGGCCCUUGGAUUUAGGGGUCUUAAUUUGUCGACCAUGUCGCUUUACCCCAAAACCACAACUAUUCAAAAUAAAUGGAACCUAAAUUAAAAAUUCUUCGUCGUAAAAUCUUCGAAACUAUAUACUUAACCCCAAAACUUUAAAAUAAAUAAAUUUACUGUUGCUGCACUGUUAUCUAAAGCUCCAAAAUUAAAACCCCCCAAAUUCCCUCCUACCAUUGAAGGAGCUCGAACCACCUUCCACCAAAACCACCAUGUCCACCAUCAUCUUCUUUGUCUCCACCUUCCAACCACACCGUUUUUUUUUUUUGUUUCCACUGCUCUCGGCGGCUUUGCCGCUAAAUUAAACAAAAAACCCUAUAAAAAAGGUGAAAUUAAGGGGAUGUUAGCCUCAAAGGGAAUGAGUGUCACCUCCUCCAUUCUCGCUGCCCUUGAGUUUCAAUUUCUCCAUUGAAGUUUCUUCGAACUCCAUUCUCCAUUAAUGGUUUCUUCACGAAGCAAAUAACAACUAGUCGUGAAAUUCCAAAAUGACCUCUAUUAUUAAGUGUGAAAUGACGUAAAGACCCUUGCUAUAUUUUGCUUGUUUCUAUCGGAGAGACUUGGAUUUUCUCGCUUACAAUAAUAAUAAAAAAAAAACCCGUCGGAGCACCGCUGUCCAAAGCUACAAAAUCAAAACCCCCCAAAUUCCCUCCCCCGAAGAACUCAACUCUCUUUCUUCAAUCUCCAUUGAAACAGAAAAAGCUUGAGCAACCCAUCAAUGGCGGGAUUCACUGGUUUCUCCUUCACCAACACUUCUUCAACCUCCUCUUCUUCUUCCUCUCCCUCCCCAUUUUCUCUCUCCCCUUCCCCCUCUCCCUUCGCCGCUAACCCUACCUCCUCCGCCGCCCCCUCUCCUUCCCCCUUCAGCGCCUCCUCCACCCCCUCCUUCGCCGGAUUUUCCGCCUCCUCCGCCGCUUCCUCCGCCCCAUCACUCAGUUUCGGUGCCGCAUCUUCCUCCUCCGCUACCCCUUCAUUCGGGUUCGGAUCCUCCACUCCCGCAUUCGGGGUUGCAUCCUCUGCUACACCUUCCUCCUCCGCCGCCCCAUCACUCGGUUUCGGCGCCGCAUCCGGGUUCGGGUCUUCCUCCACUCCUUUAUUCGGGUUUGGAUCCUCUGCUACACCACCUUCCUCCUCCGCUGCAACUCCUGCCUUCUCUUUCUCUCCCGCCGCCGCUUCUACCACCUCCUCCGCUUCAACACCAUCUUCUUUCUUUGCGUCUGCUGCUUCUUCUUCUGCUGCAUCGUCGUCUUUCUUUGCGUCUGCUUCUUCUUCUGCUGCUGCACCGUCGUCUCUAUUUGGGUCGGCUUCUUCUGCUGCACCAUCGUCUCUAUUUGGGUCGGCUGCUUCUUCUUCUGCCGCACCGUCGUCUCUAUUUGCGUCGGCUUCUUCUUCUGCUGCAGCACCGUCGUCUCUAUUUGGGUCGGCUGCUUCUUCUUCAUCUGCUACUUCUACAGGUGCAUUUUCAUUCUUGAAUACUCAAACAGCAACAGCUUCAUCGCCUUCUACGGCGUUUCCCUUUACGCCACCGGCUUCGUCUGCUGCUGCCAGUACUAAUUCAUCAUCUUCAUUGUUCAAUUUCAACAACGCCGCCACCGCUUCGGCUUCGAAGCCGCUCUUUGGUGCCACUCCCACUCCUGCUACUCCCCCAUCUGCUGCCGCAACAACAUUGUUCUCAACUCCUACCACUACUGCUACUACAACCCCUUCUUCUCCCUUUGCUGCUGCUACUACAACCCCUGCUGCAUCAACUCAACCUCCUGCUGCUGCUGCUGCUACAUCAACUUCCCCAUCUGCAUUCACUGGCUUUUCACUGAAUUCAUCAUCUCAACCUGCUGCUACUGCUGCUGCAUCAACUGCUUCAUCUGCAUUCACUGGGUUUUCACUGAAUUCAUCAACUGUGGCGACACCAGCAGCUUCUGCUUCGGUUCCGGCUGCGGCUGCGGCUUCUCCAGCAGCAACUGCGUUUACUGGUUUUGGGGUCUCAUCUGGGUCUUCUUCCUUGAGCAAUGCUACUGCUUCGUUUCCGAGUUUUACUAUUCCUACAACUAAGGCUACUACCCCUGCUUUAGCUUCUCAAUCUCAGCCUCAGCAAACUGCUUCUACUAUUACUACCAGUACUGCUGCUGCUAGCACUGCUACUACUGCCCCUGCUACUGGCUUCCUGGCUACAACUUCUGUCUCAGCGGCCAUCUCCAGCUCUACAACAACUGCUGUACAAACAUCUUCUGUUGUUGCUGUAGCCUCAAGUAGUGGAACUACCUCUGCUGUGAGUACCCCUGUAACAUCUGCUCCCACCCCCAAGUUGCCCUCUGAGAUCACUGGAAAAACUGUUGAAGAGAUCAUCAAGGAGUGGAACUCUGAAUUACAAGACCGUACUAGAAAAUUCCAGAAGCAGGCUAAUGCAAUUGCUGAUUGGGACAAAAGAAUCUUGCAAAACCGAGAUGUACUUCUACGACUUGAGACCGAAGUAGCAAAAGUGGUUGAGACCCAAUCCAAUUUGGAAAGACAGCUGGAGUUAAUCGAGACUCAUCAACAAGAGUUACUAUCGGAGAAGGUUUAACUCAUAGAUAUUGAUUUCCUUGGAGCUUGCUUUGGUUUGAAUUCUCAAGGUUGGCUUCAUUGUUUACUGCUGCAUAUGAUAAGUUCUUAGGUAGGAACUAAUUUUGGUCCAAAUGUUUUCCUAUAAUUUUUCUUCAUACUAGCCAAUUUAAUAAGUGUACCUGAGAAUCUGUGAUAUGUGAUUUUCUUAAAUAGAAUAAGUGUCAACUCUGAAUUUCAGCAUUUUUCAUAUGCUUUUCUGCUCACAUGACCUUGAUUAAAUUACAGUUUAGCCUAUGGCUCGCCACGAGCUGAGCCAAACCACACAGCGACAUCUCUGUGCUUGGUUUGAUUAAACUUUAUAAUCAAUCUUGAACUUGUUACAAACUUUAAAAUCAUGUUCGAGUUUGGCUUUAAAAGAAUAAUCUAAAUUCGAGCCAAACAUAGAACAUCAGCGAAUGAACCAAGCUUGAACUUAACUUUAGCUGUAGAGUUCUGUUUGUCUCCAUCCCCAGUGCAACCCUUCAAACUGCUAAAACAAACCUUUGUUUCUUUUUGUAUCCGAUGGUGGCAUUCUCUUUUUGAAGGGGUGUGGGUGGGAUUUGUGCCUUUUUUUUUUUUUUUUUUUGGGGGGGGGGGGUGUCUUUUUAAGUUCACCUGUUAAAGAUUCACAGUGAGACGGCUGAGACCUACAGAAAGUUGAGCAUUGGCUCUUUAAAUUCUGUGUGGCUGUUUACAAGUCUGCAGGGAGCCGGGGAUGUUAUAUUAUGUACAGUUUAUAACUAUCUGCGAAAUGCAUACAAAGCUGUACGUAUGCAUUUUUCCACCGUCAGCUACAGAUUUCUCUUGUAUUUCUUUGAAGUGCAAAUUUUGUGUCGGGGUAAAUUUUAUUCUCUUUUACUUUUUUGAAACUCCACUAUUGUGUUGCUUAUGGAACUGUAUCAUAUCAUUGCUAGGGGUGGCAAUUCAGGUCAGCAAAUCGGGUUCGGGUCAGAUUUCGGGUUAUGCUUAGAAACUAUCAAAAAUUGUGUAAAACUUAAUAUUAUUACGAAAUAUGAAUUUUGGGUCAAAUCGGGUCGAUUUCGGGUUGUUUGGGUCAGGUUUCUCUCAGUAACUUCGGGUCGGGUUUGGGUCGUGUUAUCGGGUCGGGUCAGGGAUUGCCAGCCCUAAUAUUCAUUGCCCUAAACUCUAAAGACUAAAUCCACCCUUGUUUGCUCUUAUGUUACUUUAUGUUUUGGA